UCCCGUCACAUAUAAAUGAUUUUUCUUUCUAGUUUCUCAUUGAUAUGUGCAACAAUAAACAAGAUGUCACUCCGAACACUUGUGAUUGUAUUGUGCAGUUUAUACUUGACAGAGAGUACUAAUUACCGGAGAUGGUGCUAUUUCACAAACUGGUCACAGUAUCGAGAUCAACCGGCUAAAUUUAAGCCAGCCAAUAUUGGCACUCAUCUUUGCACCCAUAUUUCCUAUGCGUUCGCUACACUGAAAAAUGGCUUGGUCACAAACUUUGAAAUAGAUGAUAUUUCACAUCCAUGGAAAAAAGGGAUGUUUGAAGAAGUAAAUGACAUCAAACAAACAAAUCCUCAACUAAAAACAUAUUUAGCAAUCGGAGGUUGGAACCUAGGAUCGAAACCUUUCUCUGCUGCUGUACUUACUGUAGGCACACGGAAGGUGUUAAUUGACUCAGCCAUAAGAUUAGCAAGACUCUAUAAAUUUGACGGCAUUGAAAUUGAUUGGGAAUAUCCAGCAGGUCGAGGUAGUCCCCCAGAAGACAAGGGACGAUUUACGUCCCUUAUAUCUGAACUAAAACAAGCUGUAACUAGCGAAGCAUUCGUAUCACAGAAACCUCAACUUGGUUUGGCUGCUGCUGUGGCAGCUGGAAGGUCAAAAAUCGAUGCUGGCUAUGAAAUCAGCACCAUUUCAUCAUACUUAGAUUUCAUCAAUUUAAUGACAUACGACUUUCAUGGUGCUUGGGAAAAAAAUACAGGGCAUAACAGUCCAUUGGUGAGAAGAGGAGAUGAAACUGGAGAGUAUAUAUUUUGGAAUUUGGAGGAUGCAGCUGAGUAUUGGCUAUCAAAAGGUGCCCCUGCACAUAAAAUGAAUAUUGGAAUUCCAGUAUAUGGCCGGACAUUUACUUUAGCGAGCCCUAACAUCCACGGGGUUGGAGCCCCAAUCUCAGGUCCUGGCGUUGCGGGAAUGUUCACAAAGACAGACGGUUUUAUUGCCUAUUAUGAGGUAAAUGAUUCUUAUCAUAUGUAAUCAAUAGAGAAUCUUCACAAUAUCUAUAAUCAAAUUAAGGUGGUGAGCUGGCAGAAUCGUUAGUACGCCGGGCGAAAUGCUAAGCGGCAUUUCGUCCGUGUGCACGUUCUGUGUUCAAAUUCUGCUGAGGUUGACUUUGCCUUUCAUUUUUUCGGGUCGAUAAAAUAAGUACCAGUUGAGCACUGGGGUCGAUGUAGCCGAUUUACCCGCUUCCCUAAAAAUAGCUGGCCUUGUGCUAAUAUUUGAAAUCAAUGUUUUUAUAAUCAUAAUUAGAAGGUGGAAUGGCAGAAGUUUAGAAUAACUAGUGGGAUUUAUUUAGAAACUCGGCAUAACUACACAAGUAUAGCCCACACCAACAGCAAAAAACAUUGUUCCCUCAUGACUUUCUGAAAAAGGGAUAUAUUUUUUAAUAAAAUUUUCUACAUAUACUUUUUAGACGAUGUAGAUAACGAUUACAUCGGAAUUUGUUAAAAUGUUUUCAAAACGUGUUGAGAGGAGUCUAAGACAAUUCACAUGCCCUGAUUUUGUUUCCUCAUACUUAUUGAUGGAGAUUGCAAUUAUGAUGAAAAAAUUAUACUCGUUUUGUUCAGGAAUUUAUUAAAUUAAUGCACUUUGAAAAAUUUAAUUUUCCAGACUUAUAGCAUACCAAACAGUCAAACCAGCAAAUUUACCUCUGAUAAUUUUAUUUUUCAAAUUAUGCCGGUAUCUCUGGAAAUUUUCAUUUUAUUAAAAAAUAUUCAUUCCACAAAUUCCAGAAGUAAAAGGAUUGAACAGUUUUCAAAAGUAAUGUUUUUCAACGUACAUGAUUAAAACUUAUAAGGAAACAAAGUGGAGAUGCAUGAAAUAUCCAUCCGUUCCCUAAGUUUUUUUUUUUUUCACAUUGAAUUUCGAUAUAAUCGUAAUCUACUCCAUCCGAAACGAUUUGUAAAAUAUCGCUGGCAGCACACUUGCGUACUUAUGCAAGAAUUUCAUUGCUACCUGAUUUAAAAUCCCGUCACUAUCAGCCUUGCCUUUCAUCCUUCCGAGCUCGAUAAAAUAAAUGACAGCAAUAUACUUCAGUGGAUUUAUUAGAUUAUUCCUUUCUUCUGAAAUAAAUAAAUACCAGUUAUAUAUUGAAA